AUGGGGUGUGACAUGCUUGAGAACGCAGACAUCUUCUGCUGGACGUUGCUCGGAUUGACUCUGGUGGUGGCGCUCGCUUUGGAUGUAAGUUUCUCCCCUCCCAGGGUUGGAGCUCUGUCAGUUCAGACGGCGGGGCAGCUGACAGCAUUCUGGUUCUGCGUGGGCUUGCUGUUCGAUUUAUUCCUGCUUGGCCACUCCGGCUGGGAAGCAAGCUCGGGCUUUAUGCAAGGCUUCCUCCUUGAGUACAUGCUGAGUUUUGACAACCUUUUCGUGUUCCACUUGGUAUUUUCGUACUAUUGCACUCCGGAGGAUUUGAUGUACCGAGCCCUGUACUUUGGCAUCGCUGGUGCCAUCGUCCUGCGGGUGGUGUUUCUCUCGGUUGGCUACACCGUGCUGAACAGAUUGGUCGUGGUGAAGCUCAUCUUUGGUCUGGUCCUUGUCUACAGCGGCUUAAAGACGGCAGCAGAUGUAGAGGAGGAAACUGAUCCCAGCAAGAAUCAGUUGGUCGCACUGGCAGCAAAGGUUCUGCCGAUCAGCGACCACUACGAGCCGCAUGGACACUUCUUCUUCGUUGAUGAGGAGACCGUCCGCGACGACAUGUCAGAUCGUGGGCGAAGCCCAUCCCUUGAGGGUUUGUUGGCCACAGACACAGAUGCAGCUUUCAACUCCCUUCCCCGGUUGGAAUCGUUUGAGGGAAGCAGCCUUCUGCGAGCUCCAGAGGACAGAGGACGGCCCAGCAAUCCUCGUGAAGGCUCAGAACUUUUUCGGGCCCCGCGUGUACGCCAGAAGGCAUCGCUAUUGUUACUGGUGGUGAUUGCACUCCUGGCUGUCGACUUGAUCUUUGCCAUCGACUCCGUUGCCUCCAAGCUUGCGGCGGUCAAUGACGUGUUCCUGAAUUGCGCCUCCUCCGCCUUUGCAAUGAUGGGGCUCAGGUCACUGUACUUUAUUAUGGAAUCCCUGGUGCAGACGUUCUACAUGUUGAAGUACGGAAUCGCCGCCGUCCUGGUACUGAUCGGGCUCAAGCUGCUCUUCUCGCAGUGGCUGGACAUCUCCAACACUGCAAUGUUUGUGAUGAUCAUUGUGAUCUGCGCAGCCAGUGCCGCAUCUUCGUACUGGGUGGAGCAAGUUCCAGACGCUUGCAAAGGCGCCAAUGGCUUGGAAUCUGAAGAGGACAUGGAGCGCACAGACCGGCACUUCGAUCGAGAGGCCAUCGACUCCCCUGCUGCACAGACGAUGCUGGAAGAGCGGGCGGCGCUAGAGCCUGUCACGCCGUCCAGGCCAGUUCCGCUCCGAGUCCAGGCAGAGGAGUGUGAGCCGCUGAAGUUCGAGCGCUACGAGCUCCAACCGGUCACAAGCAGCCCAGAUCAAGGUAGGUGGACGGAGCAUGAGGAUGUCGGCGAAACUCCACGCAGAAGGGACGAGAUGAGAAGCUUGGCAGCCUCAACUGCAUCCAGUGGUGACCAUGGAGGCGAGAAAUCUGAGGAGGAUCCUGAUGAAGAGCACCCGACACAGUCGGACGAAGGGCAGGCGUUAGGAACACAAAGGCUGGGCCCUUGUGGUGCCGAAGGACUUCACGUUGAAAAUGCAGAUGCAGGAGCCGUGUCCAAGCUUUGA